AUCACCAUUGGCUGCCCUGCCGUGUCUAUGCUCGCUACGCAUAUACCUACGCCUCUCGCCUCUCGUUCUAUCCUCUCUCGCUUAAUGGGUCCGGGGCUCUCGAGGUGCCUCUCUCUGGGUAGAAUGUGAGUCUUGAAGCAGCUGGGCAUGAAAUACCAUUGGAGUUAGGCCGUGGAGGGGGAAGAGGAUUAGCUUUUAGAUCUGUUCUUUUUGGGUGUGGUGGCGUUGACCAUGAUGCAGGCUGCAAUUGCCUUCAAAAAUAAUGGAGGACUUGGCCAGAUUUCUGUCACUCAGCCGUCCCAGGCUACUCUGGUGCCUUGGUGGCUUGGAUCCCAACCACUCUAUGGAGAGCCUUUUGGACACUUGAAGUCUUUCACUGAGGAGCAUCCCAAUGGAGAGGGCCCGUUACCUGCCGCUCCCCGACAAAUGCAUCAUGCUGUAGACCCAAGGCCGGGGCCAGGGCUGGCAGAUAAAGGGGGUAAUGGUACGACUAAGUCCUUAGCAAUUCGAGACCCCAAUGAUUCAGGAAAAGAGCAGAAAACUCAGCAACAUUCUGCAGUCAUCUCUCUGCAGUCAUCUACGCCCGAAUAUCAAGGUUGUUUUGAAUUGGGACUUGGUCAAACUAUGGUUUCUUCCAAUUAUUCUUAUGUUGAUCACUGCUAUGGUCUAUUUGCACCUUAUGGAGCUCAAGCAAUGCAUGGGCGUAUGCUUUUACCAUUGAAUAUGGCUGCCGAUGGACCAAUCUUUGUGAAUGCAAAGCAGUUUCAUGGUAUCCUACGGCGUCGACAGGCUCGUGCUAAGGCAAAGAGAGAGAACAAACUGACUAAAGUCCGGAAGCCAUACCUGCAUGAGUCACGUCACCUACAUGCUAUGCGUCGGGCAAGGAGCAGUGGUGGUCGCUUUCUUAACACAACAAAGGAAGGCACAGGACAAGGUGGCAACAUCAAUGCCAGGGUGAGAGAUGAGGUGCCUCCUGCUCGUUCUGCUGCAUGUCCAAGUACUGAAAUCCUGCGAUCUGAUAGCGGGAAUAUCAACUCUGCAAGUGGUAGCUCAAGCAUAUCAGGAUCAGAGGUUACAAGCAUGUACGCUCGGGAGCAUAAUCACUUCCAGGUCAUUGAGCAUCUUCGUCCAUCCAUUUCCCACCCUUUAACUAAUAUGAUGGAUGGAGUGCAUGGUACCAGUAUCCAUGCGAAGUGGGUGACAGCAGCUGAUGGCUGCUGCGACCUCCUUAAAGUCUGAUGACAGUGGUACUGGGGAGGGGUGGUUGUCAAUUGCAGUAUUUGCUUCUUUGAGCUGAAGAUGCGUACAGCUGGAGAGAAAUGCUGCUCCAUAUUAAAUCCCCUCCAAAGCUUUCAACCAAAUGGAAGAGCUGGCUACACUUUGAUUCUGCCUGCAAAGCCAGUCCUGGUUCAGGGGUUGUCCCUACCAUCAUUUGGUUGUUUUCUAAAGGCAAUUCAUUCUUGGCUCACAUCUUUCUCAUCGCCUAACAGUUCCUGGAAGCAGCCUCGGUACUGUUGUGAUGCUGAAAGUCCUCCGUCUGUAAAAAGAACAUCUGCAGGGCUCAUCCCUGUCAGUGCUGGUACUUUAUGAGAAUAUGGAAUGGUAAUGUUUGUAACCGUGAUAUAGCUGGAUAGCUGGUGCUUUUUGAGUGAGAAUGCUUAAGGUCUGGCAUGCAAGUUCUGAAUCGUGGACUUGGGUAAUAUAUAGCUUUAUGUUUGGAAACUAGUUUGGUUGUUGAUGUCAUUAGCAUUGUUCAUGGUACGAUCAUUUACUUUCGAGGUCCUUUAAUUUAGUAUCUUUUCUUGUUCA